AUGAAUCAAAUAGGGCUGGUGGCGCAGUCCCCACUUGACCAAUUUGAGAUUGUCCCAUUGAUUCCUAUGAAUAUCGGAAACUUCUAUUUCUCAUUCACAAAUCCAUCUUUGUUCAUGCUGCUAACUCUGAGUUUUUUCCUACUUCUGAUUCAUUUUAUUACUAAAAAGGGAGGAGGAAACUUAGUCCCAAAUGCUUGGCAAUCCUUGGUAGAGCUUCUUUAUGAUUUCGUGCUGAACCUGGUAAAGGAACAAAUAGGUGGUCUUUCCGGAAAUGUGAAACAAAUGUUUUUCCCUUGCAUCUUGGUCACUUUUCUUUUUUUGUUAUUUUGUAAUCUUCAGGGUAUGAUACCUUAUAGCUUCACAGUGACAAGUCAUUUUCUCAUUACUUUGGCUCUCUCAUUUUCUAUUUUUAUUGGCAUUACUAUAGUGGGAUUUCAAAGACAUGGGCUUCAUUUUUUCAGCUUUUUAUUACCCGCAGGAGUCCCACUGCCGUUAGCACCUUUUUUAGUACUCCUUGAGCUAAUUUCUUAUUGUUUUCGCGCAUUAAGCUUAGGAAUACGUUUAUUUGCUAAUAUGAUGGCCGGUCAUAGUUUAGUAAAGAUUUUAAGUGGGUUCGCUUGGACUAUGCUAUGUAUGAAUGAGAUUUUCUAUUUUAUAGGGGCUCUUGGUCCUUUAUUUAUAGUUCUUGCAUUAACCGGUCUGGAAUUAGGUGUAGCUAUAUUACAAGCUUAUGUUUUUACGAUCUUAAUCUGUAUUUACUUGAAUGAUGCUAUAAAUCUCCAUUAA